AUGUCUCCAGUCCUUUUUGUUACAUUCUUAGUCCUGCGUGUACAUGCAGUGAGUAGCUACACUCAAUAUUUGCAAUUGACUGAGCUUACACAUAAGAUAUUCGCGGAAUCUCAUUCGAAUACAGUGGUGUUCUUUGAGGUUGAAGAUGAUUUCUUGCGGUUUUUCAUGAAAACGAGGGUUAAUAUUCCUGCAAUUGUUUGGCAGCAUUCACCUUCAGCUGUUGCUAUUAACACUGAGUGGAGCUGGAAUGCCAUUUUAGUGAUACCAGCUUCAAGAAAAAACAACUUCGAAGGACUUGAGCAGCUAUUGCCAUUGCUAAAAGUUCGAAAAUUUGUCCUUGUCACUGGUGACGAGUUCGAAGAAAUUUAUCAGUGUAUGUUGUACCUCAGAAAGAAUAACUUUACAAGAAUAUUUGGCAUUAUCGGAGAAAAGACUUACGCCUACCUUCCAUACGAAAACGAUCCUGUGAGACUCCUAUCGAAAACAGAACCGCUCCCGAAUGCAUUGAAAGACCUUAAUGGCUACACAUUUCGAACAAUCAUAAGUCCAGACCUUCCCAGGGUUUUCUGGUACAAAGAUGCUGAUGGAAAUCGUCAAAUUGGAGGCUAUGUUGGUCAGCUGUUUGUGAAUUUUCUAAAGAGGCAUAAUGCUUCUUUUACGGAAGCCAGUAUCAAAGAUGUGGAAAGUCGUUUUAUGCUUGCUGUAACGGAGGCAACCAAGAACAAGCAAAUUGAUGUUAGCAUGAAUGCUUAUAAACCUGUGAAAGGGCUCCAAAUGAGCUAUCCAUUUGCACUAAUGCGGUGGGGUAUAAUUGUACCAAUAAAUGGUCACAUCGAUGCUAAUCAAUACUUUGUGAGGCCAUUUUUUCCCACGGUUUGGUUGUCAAUUGGUCUUACGAUAAUCUACAUAUUCUCCAUGAAUAUGCUGAAGGAUUAUUUAAUAAAUGAACCUCUUCAAAAUGUUUGGCGUAAUUUUAGUCAAAUUUACUUAACAAUGCUUAAUCUUCCAACCGAAAUUCCGAUAAAACGUCACUUUCGGUUUCAUUGUCAAGUAAUAAUUUUGGCAUUUAUCCUUGGAAACCUGUACACAGUUUUGCUGACAUCAUUUUUGACAGUUUACAUACAAAUCAAACAGUUUGAUACAAUCAAGGAUCUGGUCGAUAAGCGGUUCUCAGUGAUGAUGGUUAACUACGAAUGGAAAGCUAUCGAAGACCUGGACCUUCAUCCAAAGGAUUUUGAGAAAAUUGUCACUCUAGUAGAACGAGAAGUUAUGUUUCGAGAGAGGAACACAAUGGUUAAUACGAGUUUUGCCUAUGCCAUGGGUGCUGAUAAGGCUAUUUUCUAUAUGGGAUUUCAAAAACGAUUUGCAGCCAAGUCGUUGUUUCGGAUGCUUCAUGAUACUUUGGGAAAUUAUUAUUUGGGAUUUUUACUUAUCGAGCAUUCGCCUUUCACAGAAAUUUUGAAUAACUUCAUUGUGGAAAUUUUGGAAACUGGAUUGCUGGACAAAUGGUUGAAUGAUGCAGUAAGCCAAGUCAGAUCAAAUGGACUAUUGAAAAUUGGAACGGUUCAUCCAGACCGUAAAGUUCCAUAUCCACUGACAGUUUUUCAUUUGAGUUUUGCUUGGAUUUGUUUGACAAGUGGACUGAUAGUUGCGACAGUGGUGUUCGUUGGUGAGAAAAUUACUGAAUUGUUGCGAGGAUACAAAUAUAAAUAA